UUUCCCCCCAGCCCCUAGGGUUUUUGCGUAGAAAGCAGAGAGAGAGAGAGAAGGCACCUUCAUCAAUCAACGAUGGCGGACGAAGAGUACAACGACGUGGAUAUGGGAUAUGAGGAUGAGCCGCCAGAGCCUGAGAUUGAAGAGGGUGCAGAGGAAGAAGCCGAAAAUAAUAACAAUGAAGAUGUUCCAGAUGCUCUUGAAGAGCAAGAAAAAGAAGUACAUGAGACUGUAGAACGGCCCAGAAAGACUUCAAAGUAUAUGACAAAAUAUGAGAGAGCAAGAAUCUUGGGUACCCGUGCUCUGCAGAUCAGCAUGAAUGCGCCUGUGAUGGUUGAAUUGGAGGGUGAGACAGAUCCACUUGAGAUUGCAAUGAAGGAACUUCGUGAGCGGAAGAUACCCUUCACCAUCCGCCGCUACCUGCCUGAUGGAAGUUAUGAAGAUUGGGGGGUGGAUGAAUUGAUUGUAGAGGAUUCAUGGAAGAGGCAAGUUGGAGGUGAUUGACUAACCCACGUUGGGCUGUGGGGAAAUGGACUCUUGGAAGUUCUGUUUGAUGUGGCUUUGUAACUCACUGAUAGUGACACUAUUAGUAGGACAAACAAUACAUAAUUUGCAAAUACAUUGUGUGUGAAAUUAAUGUUGAAUCUCUCACUAUCUUCCAAGUUUAUUUUUAUGGAGACCUAGAAUGUUGAAGGUCUUUGUGUGUGAAA